UACCUUGAGUGGGCAGGUUCGGCGGGAGACCCCGCCGCGCGCCUCAACGUCUCAGCUCGCCAGUCACUGGCCGCUCUGGCACCGAACAUGGCCGGUCCGAAGCUGGCGUGGCAACGUGCGUGCUUCCUUGUUGUGCUGUUGUUUACUUUAGCGGAGGCGCUGCUCUCCGGAUUAUAUAUAGACAAUGGUGAUCAGACAAUGAUACAUCAUUCGAUGACGCGAAACGAGAGAUUAGUCGUGGAACACGAGAUACUGGAACUUUUAGGACUCGGAGAACGACCGAGGCGGGCCCAGGCUCCUCCGCUGGACCGCUCGGCGCCCAGCUUCCUUCUGGACGUGUACAAGCAACUGGCAGAGGAGCACGAGCAAGCCCGUCCUACUCGCAGCUCCGAAAUGGCCUUAAGUGGAGAAGAACAACAGGCGAUUGAUGAAAGCGACCUGAUUAUGACUUUUCAAAGCAAAAAACAUCACCUAGGCGCGCUGCGACAUGGCCACGGGCGGCACGUGUGGUUCGAAGUGGCGGGCACGCCGGGCGAUGCGUCUGCCCUACUCACCGCCGAGCUGCGCUUGCACCAGGCGCCUACGCACACGGACCUCCCGACUAGCCUGUACACGGUCGUGGCCCAUCGCGUGCUCAGCGUCGACAAUUUAGGAGGUCUGCAGCUGGAGGAGGUGGCAGCCGUGAACACGAGCGCGGGCGCGGAGGGCUGGCUCGAGCUGAACGUGACGAGCGCGAUGGGCGCGUGGCUGCGCUCCCCUGCCGAUAACCACGGCUUCUUCAUCACCCUUCACCCACACUCGCAACCAGAGCGUAAUAUGAAGCCUGAAGAAAUCGGUCUAGAAGAGCCUCGUGGUACGGUUGUGGAGGGAAAGCAGCCGUUCCUCGUGGCAUUCUUCAAAAGCGGGCCAAAACUUGACACGUCGGAGGCGGGUGCGCGCCGAAAGAGAGAGGCUAAGCGCUGGCGAACUAACUCCGAUAAUUACCUGAGGAAUCCACUCACUGAUUCGGCACAUUGGACGACGAGAAGCUGUGAGAUUCAGACUUUAUACGUCAGUUUUAAGGACUUGGAAUGGCAGGAUUGGAUCAUCGCACCGAACGGCUACGGGGCUUUCUACUGCAGCGGCGAGUGCAACUUCCCGCUGAAUGCGCACAAGAACGCCACCAACCACGCCAUAGUGCAGACGCUGGUGCAUCUGUUGAACCCUACUCAGGUGCCAAAACCAUCUUGUGCUCCCAUCAAACUGUCCCCGAUAUCGGUGCUCUACUAUACCGACGACUCGAAUGUAAUCCUGCGCAAGUACAAAAAUAUGGUGGUCAAAAGUUGUGGAUGCCAUUAGGACUUAAUAUGUAGUUAGUAUUAAUUAGCUAAACAAUCAUCAGAUCCAGUUAGGUUAUUAUUAUGUUGAUAUUUUAAACUUUUCUAGUUACAAGUCGAAUCUCAAUCUCUUUAUAUCUUUUUUUAUGAGUUUUCAAAUAUUUCUAGACAUUGUCAUUUAGUAAAAUACUCUAUACACAAUAAUCCUUGACAUAAUCGUACCUUGUUUGAUUGAAUGUUGCUUAAUGACUUGUGUACUUAGACGAGAAAGUAAUUUUACUAUUACGCUUAAAAUCGUCACAUUUAAUUACUUGCCCAAUUAAUUUUGCCACUUAUUUUAUGUGUGUAAAUGUAGAUAUUAAAUAUUUUAUUUAACGGCAAGGAUUAUAUUUUAAUUU